UUUAAUUAAACUUGUCUCUCUUGUCUCCGGUAGAGUCGAUUCGGAACAGCUACAAGUGAAAAAUGGCUCAACAUGAAUACAAAAAACUUAGUGACAAAUUCUUUACAUACAAAGGAAUGGUGUUUCCAAUAGAUGAAACAAAUAUUAUUACCACAGAUUUUAUUGACAGCUUGAAGGAUUUCAAAAUAAGGGAUGAUGAUCUCUUUCUCGUUACCUUCCCAAAAUCCGGUACUGUAUGGACCCAACGAAUAAUUACUUUACUAUUUGAGGAAGAUUUUCCAGACAAAGUAAAUGAAACCACAUUCGAGCAGAUGCCUUGGCUGGAGUUUCGCGAAAAAGACAAAGAUUACGAGUCCCGUCCGUCUCCAAGACUCUUCGCUUCCCAUUUACAUGAGCACAUGGUGCCUAAUGAGUUGCAAGAUAAAGGAAAAAUCAUCUACGUCAUGAGAAACCCAAAAGAUGUCAUGGUGUCUUAUUUCCAUUUUGCAAAUAAGAUGAAGCACCUGGAAUCUUUAGAGAGCUACGAUGACCUGCUGGAAAAGUUUUUCACAGGAUGGAUGGUCGGUGGAUGUUGGUUUGACCACAUCAGAGGAUGGAUCUCAAACAAAGACAAAUACAACAUCUUGUUCUUGACUUAUGAAGAGAUGAUCAAGGACCUCAGAUCUGCCGUUGUAAAAAUCUGUACGUUUGUUGGGAAGAAUCUGUCAGACGCAGCGAUUAAUAAAGUGGUGGAAAGGACAACGUUCAACAACAUGCAGAAAGACCCCAAAGCCAACUACGAAUUCAUGCCAGAGAACGUCACGGACCAACCAAAAGCACUCUUCGUGCGCAAAGGAACAGUUGGGGACUGGAAGAACUCAUUAACCGAAGCUCAAAGUGAACGCUUCGACCAGGUUUACCAUGACAGAAUGAAAGACCUUCAUCUUGACUUCAACUGGGACCUACAUGGCUGAAAUUAUGCCAUGACAUGUUAAAAAUCUAAACAAAAAACAAAACAUUUGUUCAAUAGUGUAUAGUAAUGUAAACAUAGUAAACAUUAUGUAUAGUACGGAAAACAUUGAAAUUUACUAAAUUAAAUUUUUAGACUUUUAUUUUGGAAAACUGAAUUGUAUUUCUAAAAUGAGUGUGAAACAAAUAAACAAAGAUAUGCACUUCUUA